AUGAAUAGGGAAAGAGACUCAGAAACUACACUUGAGGAGGACUCUCAGCCCAAUGAUGAAGUUGUUCCCUAUAGUGAUGAUGAAACAGAGGAUGAACUUGAUGAACAAGAGCCUGCAGUUGAACCAGAGCAAAACAGAGUCAAUAGAGAAGCAGAGGAAAACCGAGAACCAGUCAGGAAAGAAUGUACAUGGCAAGUGAAGGCAAAUGAUCGGAGCUUCCAUGAGCAGCCCCAGUUUAUGAACACAACAUUCUUUUGCUUGAAAGAGAGCAAAUAUGCAAGUAAUGCAAUUAAAACCUACAAAUACAAUGCAAUUACCUUUCUACCAAUGAACUUAUUUGAGCAGUUCAAGAGAGCUGCCAACUUCUAUUUCCUGGUCCUUCUUAUCUUACAGGCAAUUCCUCAAAUAUCCACCUUGGCAUGGUAUACAACACUUGUGCCCUUACUUUUGGUGUUGGGCAUCACUGCAAUCAAAGAUCUUGUGGAUGAUGUUGCUCGUCAUAGAAUGGAUAAAGAGAUAAAUAACAGGACAUGUGAAGUUAUCAAGGAUGGCAGGUUCAAAACUGUAAAGUGGAAAGAGGUUCAAGUUGGAGAUGUAAUUCGUCUGAAAAAAAAUGACUUUAUUCCUGCUGACAUUCUUCUCCUGUCCAGCUCAGAGCCUAACAGCCUUUGUUAUGUAGAAACUGCUGAAUUAGAUGGAGAAACAAAUUUAAAGUUCAAGAUGUCACUUGAUGUAACAGAUCGAUAUCUCCAAAAAGAGAGUGCAUUGGCAGCAUUUGAUGGUUUCAUUGAAUGUGAAGAACCAAAUAAUCGACUGGAUAAAUUUACAGGAACAUUAUUCUGGAGAAACUCAAGUUAUCCUUUGGAUUCAGAUAAAAUUUUGCUGAGAGGCUGUGUGAUCAGAAAUACUGAUUUCUGCCAUGGCUUGAUAGUUUUUGCAGGAGCUGACACCAAAAUAAUGAAAAACAGUGGGAAGACCAGAUUUAAAAGGACUAAAAUUGAUUACUUGAUGAAUUACAUGGUUUACACGAUUUUUGUUGUCCUUAUACUCCUUUCUGCUGGUCUAGCUAUUGGACAUGCUUAUUGGGAGGCACAGGUUGGUAAUUAUUCUUGGUACCUGUAUGAUGGACAAGAUAAUUCUCCUUCAUAUCGUGGAUUCCUUACCUUCUGGGGCUACAUCAUCGUUCUGAACACCAUGGUACCCAUCUCCCUCUAUGUCAGUGUUGAAGUCAUUCGUCUUGGGCAGAGUUAUUUCAUAAACUGGGACCUACAAAUGUAUUAUCCUGAGAAGGACACACCGGCAAAGGCUAGGACAACCACUCUGAAUGAGCAGCUUGGGCAAAUUCAUUACAUUUUCACUGAUAAGACAGGAACAUUAACACAGAAUAUCAUGACAUUUAAAAAGUGCUGCAUAAAUGGACAAAUAUAUGGGGACCACAGGGACUCAUCCCAGCAUCAACACGGCAGGAUAGAUGAAGUUGAUUUUAGUUGGAAUACAUUUGCAGAUGGGAAGCUUAUGUUUUAUGACCAUUAUUUGAUUGAACAAAUUCAGUCGGGAAAAGAGCCUGAAGUUCGAGAAUUCUUCUUUUUGCUUGCAAUUUGUCAUACUGUCAUGGUAGAUAGGACUAAUGGAGAGAUUAACUAUCAAGCAGCUUCUCCAGAUGAAGGGGCUCUAGUCACUGCUGCCCGCAACUUUGGUUUUGCAUUUCUUGCAAGAACACAGAACACUAUCACAAUAAGUGAGAUGGGAAGAGAAAGGACAUACAAUGUUCUGGCCCUUUUAGAUUUUAAUAGUGACCGAAAGAGAAUGUCUAUAAUUGUAAGAACACCAGAAGGCCAUAUUAGACUCUAUUGUAAAGGUGCCGACACUGUUAUUUAUGAACGGCUACAUCCAAUGAAUCCUACAAAACAGGAAACGCAGGAUGCCCUGGAUGUCUUUGCAAAUGAGACACUUAGAACAUUAUGCCUUUGCUACAAAGAAAUUGGUGAAAAUGAAUUUGCAGAAUGGAAUAAAAAAUUCAUUGUUGCCAGUUUGGCCUCAAGUAACCGAGAUCAAGCCUUGGAUAAAGUUUAUGAAGAAAUUGAAAAAGAUCUAAUUUUGUUGGGGGCUACAGCUAUUGAAGACAAACUACAAGAUGGAGUCCCAGAAACAAUCUCGAAACUUGCAAAAGCAGAUAUUAAGAUCUGGGUGCUUACUGGUGAUAAGAAAGAAACUGCUGAAAACAUAGGAUUUGCUUGUGAACUUUUGACAGAGGAAACUACAAUUUGCUAUGGUGAAGAUAUUAAUGCACUUCUUCAAACAAGGAGAGAAAACCAGAAGAAUAGAGGUGGAGUUUAUGCAAAAUUCGCUCCUGUCUUGAAUGAACCUUUCUUUCCAACUGGUGGAAACCGGGCUUUGAUCAUCACUGGUUCCUGGUUGAAUGAAAUUCUCCUAGAAAAGAAGACAAAGAGAAGUAAAAUCCUGAAACUGAAAUUCCCCAGGACAGAAGAAGAAAGAAGAAUGCGUACUGAGAGUAAAAGAAGACUUGAGGCUAAUAAAGAACAGCAGCAGAAAAAUUUUGUUGAUUUGGCAUGUGAGUGCAGCGCUGUCAUCUGCUGCAGGGUCACUCCCAAGCAGAAGGCCAUGGUCGUAGAACUUGUGAAGAAAUACAAGAAAGCCAUAACACUGGCCAUUGGAGAUGGUGCCAAUGACGUGAAUAUGAUUAAGACUGCUCACAUUGGUGUUGGCAUAAGUGGACAAGAAGGUAUGCAAGCAGUCAUGUCUAGUGAUUACUCUUUUGCUCAGUUCAGAUAUCUGCAAAGACUGUUGUUGGUCCAUGGUCGAUGGUCCUACAUCAGGAUGUGCAAGUUCCUCAGAUACUUCUUCUACAAGAAUUUUGCAUUCACUUUGGCCCACUUCUGGUAUUCCUUCUUCAAUGGGUACUCAGCACAGACUGUUUAUGAAGACUGGUUCAUUACACUGUACAACGUCCUGUAUACCAGCCUUCCUGUGUUGCUAGUUGGCUUGCUUGAUCAGGAUGUGAGUGACAAACUGAGUCUUCGGUUCCCCAACCUAUAUGAAGUAGGACAAAAAGACUCAUUGUUUAACUACAAGAAAUUCUUUAUAAGCUUGUUCCAUGGAGUCUUAACCUCAAUGAUUCUCUUCUUCAUACCACUUGGGGCUUAUCUGCAAACCAUGGGGCAAGAUGGGGAAGCUCCUUCAGAUUACCAAUCCUUUGCUGUAACAGUAGCAUCUGCCCUUGUAAUAACAGUCAAUUUUCAGAUUGGUUUGGACACUUCCUACUGGACUUUUGUGAAUGCUUUCUCCAUUUUUGGGAGCAUUGCCCUUUACUUUGGGAUCAUGUUUGACUUUCACAGUGCAGGAAUCCAUGUUCUCUUCCCAUCUGCUUUCCAGUUCACAGGAACUGCUCCAAAUGCCCUAAGGCAGCCAUAUCUUUGGUUGACCAUCAUUUUAACUGUUGCAGUAUGCUUGCUUCCAAUUAUCGCCUUACGUUUCUUAUGUAUGACAAUCUGGCCAUCAGAAAGUGAUAAGAUUCAGAAGAAUCGUAAAAAGUAUAAAGCAGAAGAGCAGUGGAAACGAAGGCAAAAUGUGUUUCGACGGGGAGUAUCAUCUCGUCGCUCUGCUUAUGCUUUCUCCCAUCAGCGGGGAUAUGCUGACCUCAUCUCCUCAGGGCGUAGCAUAUGUAAAAAGCGCUCUCCACUGGAUGCAAUAAUAGCUGACGGAACUGCAGAAUAUAGGCGAACUGUAGACAGCUGAUGUGAAUUUUUCCAUGGAAAUAGUUUUACUGAAAUAAUUGCACAAAGAAAAGAAUUUAUAUAUUUUUAUGACAGACUCUCAGGACUUUUUUUAAAAUUGAAUUUGACACAAGGAUAUUGAAGAUAUACAUAAAAAUCUACUUGGUUGGGACUAUUCAAAAUUAAACAAACCAAGUAUGGAUAUUUUUUUAAAAUUCCAUUUGUUAGACAUACUCGUGAAACUAAAGCCUAUCCAAGAUAUUUGUUACUACUCAAAGGGUUUUUUUUUAAACCUUUAAUUCAUAGGGAGUGUCAUGAAACAGCAAAAAAAAGAAAAAAAGUAUUGUUAAUACUAAUGAUUUGUAACAAAAUUAAAACUAAUGUUUCCUGUCAAUAAUAUUCAACAUGGAUGAUCAAACUGUUCACUUAGCUCUCUAGGCCACUGUGUUAAUAUGAUUUUUUUAAUUCAAGAAAAUACUGGCAAAAGAGUGUAGUUAGAAUUACUGGGGCAAAUGGGUGAAUUAGUGGAUAGAGAGAAGUCCUAGAUUCAAACCUGGCCUGAGACACUUCCUA